CAAUAACAGAAGUGAGGGAUGAAUGUUGUGUAAACAACCACUGUUGACAACAACUUUAAAGUGAACUCUGUGCCAGAGUCCACACUGGUCGGGGUCUUAUGAAGCAUUCAGAUAGUCCGAGAAGUGUUGCUGUCUGUGAGUUCCUGUCACUUUUUUCUAUGGCUGCUGCUUCAACAGACUCCAAAACUAUUUUCUCUCUGGACUCAUACCAUGUCUCUGAGGAGCUCGGCUUCAUCCUUCCUGAGCCUCUGGAAGAGCUUCCACCUUACUACCAGCCAUGGAUGGACAUUGCACUGCAAGUCCCAGAGCUGGUGCACUCUCAAGAGUUGCGCUCCCUUAUCAACAAGAUGCCGCUGCUGAGCAGCCAAUUUCUGCAGAGUCACCAGGAGUUACGGCUGGCCCACCUGGCCCUCAGUGUUAUGACCAUGGGCUACGUCUGGCAGGAGGGAGACAAUGACACAGUUGAGAUGCUGCCACAUACUUUGGCUGUUCCAUACUGGGAGGUGUCACAGCGUUUAGGACUUCCCCCAAUUCUUACCCAUGCAGAUGCUGUAUUGGCUAACUGGAAGAAAAAGGACCCAGAAGGGCCUUUUGACAUGGAGAACCUGGAGCUGCUGGUCAACCUCCCAGGUGGAGACAGUGCUCGAGGUUUCUUCAUGGUCACUCUGCUGGUGGAGCUAGCAGCAGUUCCUGCACUUCGGAGCAUACCCAUUGUGAUCAAUGGUGUCAGGUGUGGCGAUACUGACUCUGUGGCCAAAGCCCUAGAGGACAUCAGCCAGUCUAUACAGGACAUGACAGAGGCAUUCAAACUGAUGCAUGCGUACGUGGAGCCAUCAGUCUUCUAUGGCAUCAUGAGGAUCUAUCUGUCUGGGUGGAAAGACAACCCCUGCAUGCCAAAGGGGCUGGUUUAUGAGGGGGUACAGACAGAACCAAUGGAGUAUUCAGGAGGAAGUGCUGCACAGAGUACCCUUCUACACUGCUUUGAUGAACUUCUGGGAGUCAGACAUGAACAAAAAAGUGGUGCCUUUCUAACCCGCAUGAGGGACUACAUGCCACCUGCUCACAAGCAAAUGAUCCAGGAUAUCUCACUGCAACCUUCCCUGAGGAUUUUUGUCCAGCAGCAGGCCAGUGAGCGGCUAAGCCAGGCCUUUCAGCAAUGUGUCACAAGAUUGGUGGCUUUGCGCAGCUAUCAUAUCAAUAUUGUCGGCCGCUUCAUCACAAUUCCUGCUGCUCGAGCCCGACAACUCCGUAACCAGAGCCAAGAAUCAGAGGGAGCGAUGAUCAGCAGAGCACCCACAGCACUAGAGAAUAGGGGCACUGGCGGCUCAGGCCUUAUGACCUUCCUGAAGACUGUGAGGGACCAAACAAAGGACACCUUCCUGACUUAGACAAGCAAAGAAUUGAAGCACAGCAGCCUUGGUCAUCACCAAGGAUAUACAGUGGAGAGUCAGCUACAUCACAUAAAACAAACAGUAAAUCACGUCCAAUUACUUAGCACACCAUUAUGUCAUUUAAAGGAUGCCUCUUGACAAAAUGAGAAUGAGAGACCUCGGUUGCUUGCGUUACAUCUAGCUUUGUUGUGUCUGUAAACAAACCUCAGCCUCAUAGACAUGAGUGAUACCCACCAUUCAGUCCAAACCAAAAUUCAAACCAUUGCUGCUACUUUCCAUUAAAUUCAACCACUAAACUACCACAAACCACUUACUAAACCCCCUUUACUUUUUGGAAAAUUAUUUGGAAAUUCAGUUCAGUUGUAAUAUAGUAACAACAAAGACGGGUUGUCUACUUUAACCUAAAAAUGUAGCAGCAUUUAUCUUUUUACCAGGUUAACCUGGCAAUUUUAGACUUUUUUUUGUUAAGUAAAGGUAAAUGUGAAGUUUCCAGCUGUCACAAAAUUAUUAAAUACUGCAAUACCCAAUGGCACCAUGGGAGGGCACUAAUCAGCAGACAAAGGGUAGAUUUCACAGGGUUUGCUUUUAAAAUGCUAAAGCAGUUGGCAAUACCUGUGUGCACCAAGGCCAUUGAUUUGUUUUUUGUUUUUUUUUACAAACAAAACGGGCCUGAUGAAAUAUAUCCAUCAUCAGUUACAGUCAUUUAAAGAUUUGUUGAAAUCCGUAUCAGCAGUUAUCCUGGAGUCAUCACACUAAAAUAUCGGCGGGCUGGAACCUGAGCUUUCCAUCUCACAAAAUAAUCAGCCUUUAUUCAUCUUCACAAUGGGGUUGUCAUGCCGAAGCACAAUGCACAAUGCAGCACAGAGAUGCAUCACUUAUCAGAGUGGUUACCUCAGCACUCUUGCCAUCCUCCAGCCCACAUCCAGCCCUCACAUGCCACACUAUACUUCCUGGACUGAGAGUGUGGAAAACCCAGAGCAAUGAAGGGAUGGAUUGUGCCAUGAAUGGUUCAUGCUGCGUAAUCUUCACCUUUCCUGGCUCGUCUCCACCGGUGUUUCAUUACAAUAACAGACGUGUAAGAUCAGAUAAAGCAGGCGUUGUGGCAAUUAGACAUGAUUCCCCCAACCUGAGCAAUCUACUUUAUCUUGUCCUCUUGGGUAGCAGGGAAGACAAUGGGACAGUGAAUGCUGUAGGAAGAAAACAAUUACACGUUUAAGAUUUCAGUGUAAAAGAUGUUUGUUUUAUGUUUUUGUUUUCCUAAUUGAUGUCCAGGAAAUACAUUAAAAGUGCAUUUAUCUA